AUGACGAGACGCCCCGCAAAUCUUCCCAAAUUCUCCGAGCUACCAUUGAACAAAGGAGACCUUAUGUCGUCGGCAUGGGUUUUGUAUGAGAAGAAUGAUCAACUGGGGUUCCUGAAUCGGCAAACAGAUGCCAUCGGGGCAGAGGCGGCAAAGAUGGAGAUCAAGACUGGUAGAAUUAACCAUUAUCUCCAUAUUUAUACAUAUAGAAUAUCCCUAAAUUGGCCGUUGGACGCACAGAGCAAAGUCCCUUUCUUCGGCCGUCAAGUGUUCCACAAACAACUCAUCGACAAAUCACCCCGUACGGUGAACGAUGAUAUCUGGACCUUUAACACGCAGAGAGACGGACUCCGGCACUUUGGCUACCAAAAGGAAAAGAAAUUCUAUAUCGGUGUGACAAUGGAAUAUAUCCAUGGUUCGAAAGACAACACCGUUAAUAGCAUCCAGGCCUGGGACGAGAAAGGAAUUGUAGGCCGUGGCAUCUUGCUCGAUUUUCGCAGAUGGGCAUCAACAAACAAUAUAUCGAUUGAGAUGUUCAAGAAAAACUCCAUUCCACUGAAAUACCUCAAAGCCGCUGCGAGAGUCGCAGGGGAUAGAGAUAAUGUUUGGAGACAUACUUAUCAUUCGAGAUAUAUGCAGGCGAUUAAACAAUUACCAGAUGACGAGCUGGUUAGGCUCGCGAAAAGGACACCACCAGAGCUGAUCGGGGUGGAAGCCAGUUUAGAGAUGCUGGAAUGA